UUCUUCGUCGACCAAAACAAGACGACACUUUCAACUCUCUUCGUUGCCUGGGAACCAGGAUUCAAUGGCGGGUUGGAACAAACAUUCACUCUGCAAUACUGUCUCAACGACACGCAAGAAGAGGGGUGUGGUGUUGUCACAAACUUGGCCGGGACCUCCCACACAUUGGUGGGACUGGUGCCUUUCACUUGGUACCGGAUGACUCUAUGGGCAGUGAACAGCGCGGGAAAUAGUAGCGCGGUGCAAAUAGUAGCUUCAACAACUCCAUUGCAACCCGAGAGCUAUGGCAUAACGACCAGCUGGGACAAACAAGAACAUAUCUUAACAUUAUCAGAGGCAAACCAAACCCUGGAUGAAAUGUGCUUCAUCACACAGAGGACUUACAGCGGACCAGACUGUGCCUCUGUGAAUAGCUCAGAGUGCAUUGAACCGGGCACAGAGGUCAGCAUUGACCCGGAUGAUGACACAGUUUUGGUGACCUUUGGGAGGGAAUUAUGCAGUAAACCAGCUGAUAUAUUAACAGACUUAUCAGUUGAGAAGCAGCCAUCAACUGAAAGUAACCUUCCUUACAUGAUAAUCGCAAUUGGAGUGAGUGCCGCUGCUGGUUUCAUCCUGCUGAUUUCACUGGGUUUGAUGUACUUCUAUGGAGUGUUAUGCUGUGUGAAACGAAAGAAGGGUAUGUCGUAAAGCAGCUGGCCCCCUACGUUCACCUCCAAAUAAAAAAGACAUUCCCCAUUCCAUUUGAAAAGUUUUUUUUCUUGAAGCUUCAGUCUUUAACUUCUUGUUCCAUUUCCUUUUUAUUUCACCAACUCUUGA